AUGGUUAUUUGUCAAGACUGCACUAAAAAUCCAGCAAAAAUAAAAACUUCAAAAGAUGGGCUAGUCAGAUGUGUGGAAUGUUUUAACCGGUGGUUUGAAGAGGAUGUCCACAAAACCAUUAUGGAAACAAAAAUAUUUAAUUUUGGAGAGAGAAUAGGAAUUGGAGUAUCUGGAGGAAAAGAUUCAACAGUUUUGGCUGAAGUAUUAAAUAAAUUAAAUAAAAAGUAUUCUUAUGGAUUAGAGCUUGUACUUUUGUGUGUAGAUGAAGGAAUUGAAGGUUAUCGAGACGAUUCAAUAAAAGAAGUUUUAAAAACAGAAAUAAAUUUGUCAUUACCCCUAAAAAUAAUUAGUUAUAAACAACUUUAUGGUUGGACAAUGGAUGAAAUUGUUUCAAAAAUUGGAAGAAAAAAUAACUGUACUUUUUGUGGAGUUUUUCGAAGACAAGCUUUGGACAGAGCAGCUUUAAUUAUGAAAGUUUUAAAAUUGGCGACUGGACAUAAUGCUGAUGAUGGGGCUGAAACGAUUUUAAUGAAUAUUUUGAGAGGAGAUUUGGGGAGGUUACAGAGAGGGGGAAUUACUUCUAAUUUGAAAAAUGAUGGAGAAGAUGAUGAUGAAUUAUUGCCUAGAGUUAAACCGUUGAAAUAUUCUUUUGAGAAGGUAAAAGGAGGAUUUGGGUGUGGAGGGUUUAUAGAGCUUUUUUUUACCAAUUAUUAUAUUAGUGGGACGGAUAGAGGGUUUUGCCCUGGGAGACGAAUUUGUGGUGGGACGAAUUGGGGAAUUUUGUUCAGUGGGGCUAAUUGA